UUGGAAUCCGAAUUUGUGACCCAUGUCUUGUCAACCCGACAGGCCGAUGCUCCAGAUCCAAAGAAAAUACCCGCAGAAGAUGUGGUUGGCGUAACCGUGGUCCUCAUUCAGGCUCUUUACCGAGAAAAGGAGUUUAUUCGCGUAGGAUACUAUCUGGAACGGCAUAUUAUCGCAUCCGAUCCCCGAGUGACCCGUUUCCCCAUUGAUUGGGGUGAUGGCCUUCUCGAUGGAUGCCCCGAACCAGAACAAACCGAGGAACCGGAUGCCGAUGAACAGCUUCUCAUGCCAACAGCAGAUGUUGUCGGGGACGAUGAAGAUGCGGAUGACGUGGACGAGGAUGAUGAAGAAGAGGUUAGUGAAAAUGUUCCGGAAGAAGGAACCACAACCGGUGAAAACGCUUUGCCAGCGAGCAAGCGCGAUAUGGGCGGAUCUGAUUCCUUUAUUGUUGGAACCACUGGUUCCGGAUCAAGUGAGCCAUUGCGGCAAGUUCAAUCCUCGGCGAUCUCUAUGGACACCUCUUAA